AUGGUGGACGGCCACCAGGAUUUCCGGAGCCUCCAAGCCAAGUUCCGGAUCUCCCAGGCAGAGCCCAGCGAGUUCCCCAAGAAAGCUUUGAAGCCCGAGACCCACAAACUGUCCAAGAAGUUCCCGCCGCCUGAGCCAGGCGAGCAGCCCGGGAAGGCCCUGCAGCCCGAGGCCAGCUCCUCCCCCAUGCCACCCUCAGAACCCAAGUUUGGGGGGUUCCCCAGGAAGCUCUGGCCACCUGAGGGCAGCGAAGCCACAGUGAAACCCCUGCAGCCUGAGCUCGGGGGAACCCCUCUUAAGAAGCCUCUCCAACCUGAGUUCAAGGGGACCCUUCCCAAGAAACCCCCACAGUCUGAGUUUGAGGGGACCCUUCCCAAGAAGCCCCCACAGACUGAGUUCAGCAUGCACCCCCAGAAACCCCCACAACCUGAGUUCGGGGGGACCCUUCCCAAGAAGCCCCCGCAGCCUGAGUUUGGGGGGAUCCUUCCCAAGAAGCCCCCACAGCCUGAGUUCGGCAUGCACCCCCCGAAAUCCCCACAGCCUGACAUGCACCCCCAGAAAUCCCCACAGCCUGAGUUCGGGGGGACCUUUCCCAAGAAGCCCCCACAGCUUGAGUUCGCGGGAACCUUUUCCAAGAAGACUCCUCAGCCUGAGUUCAGCAUGCACUCCCAGAAACCCUUGCAGUCUGAGUUCGAGGGGAUCCUUCCCAAGAAGCCCCCACAGCCUGAGAUUAGUACGCACCCCCAGAAAUCCCCGCAGCUUGAGUUUGGCAUGCACCCCCAGAAACCCCCACAGCCUGAGUUUGGGGGGACCUUUCCCAAGAAGCCCCCGCAACCUGAGAUUAGCAUGCACCCCCAGAAAUCCCUGCAGUCUGAAUUUGGCGCGCACCCCCAGAAGCCCCCACAGCCUGAGUUCGGGGGGACCUUUCCCAAGAAGCCCCCACAGCCUGAGAUUAGCAUGCACCCCCAGAAAUCUCCACAGCCAGAGUUUGAGGGGAUCUUUCCCAAGAAGCCCCCAGAGCCUGAGUUCAGCAGCCUCCCUAAAAAGCCCCCACAGCCUGAGUUUGAGGGGACCGUUCCCAAAAAGCCUCCUCUACAACCUGAGUUCAGUGAGGGCCCAAGGACACCGACAUGGAGGCAGGAGCCCAGCGAGGGUCAUGCCCAGCCCUAUCCCCAGCCCCCGAAGCCAGAGCUGGGUGCUCAGCUGGGCCACCGCCCCAGGAAGCCCCUGCAGGCCCAGCUGGGAGAUCUCACCAGGACCGCCUCAGAGCCCGAGUUCCCGGUGUUCCCCAAGAGGCUGCGGCAGCCCGAGCUCCAGAAGCCCCCACUGGUGGAGCUGGGCACCCUGCCCAGGACAGCCUCGGUGCCUGAAUUCGCGGUGCUGCCCAGGAAGGGCCCACUGCUUGAGGGCCACGGGCCAUCCCGCAAGUUGUCGCAGCCUGAGGCCAGCGCCCUGGCCCCUCGGAAGCAGCGCCCACCUGAGUUCUUCGGUGGCCUCUCUCGAACGCCCCUGCUCCCGAACUCAGUUUCUGAGGGUUCACUACCCACUGCUGUGGGGGGCCCCAGGUCCAGGUUCCCACUCAGCCCUGGGGCUGGGGCCCGCUUGCCAGGGCAGCGGCGGCCAGGGGCCCUGGCUCCCAGCGGAGGCCUGAGGCUAGGCCUGGGACAUGGCCCGCCACCCCGGCGCAGGUCUCUGCCUCCUGCCAGCAGCCUAGGACCCCCUCCUCCCAAACCCCCCCUGCCCCCAGGCCCCCCGGAUGUCCAGAGCUUCUGGAGACACCCGGCGAUGGCCACAGCCCUGCGCAGGAGCCAGUCGGCUGCAGCCAUCCACGUCCAUGCAAGACAGCCCAUCGCCAGCCUGCGGGCCUCGGAUGAGAUCUAUGAGCUUUAUGACGAUGUGGAGCCAGAGGCCCCCAGCCCCCAGAGCAGAGACACUGCAGUGGCUCGACAGCAGGCGGCCAGGAGGACCCCGCAGCUCAGGAAGGAGCAGGCCCCGGAGCCCUCGCAGCUACCGCCCACGGACUCGAAGACUUUGAAGCAGAUGAAGAAGGCAGAGAAGGCCGAGAGAGAGUUCAGGAAGAAGUUCAAGUUUGAGGGUGAGAUUGUGAUUCAGACCCGGAUGAUGAUCGACCCUGCAGCCAAGACACGCCGAGCGGGUGGCAAGCACCUGGGGAUCCGGCGCGGGGAGAUCUUGGAGGUGAUCGAGUUCACUAGCAAGGAGGAGAUGCUGUGCCGGGAUACCAAGGGCAAAUAUGGCUACGUGCCCAGGACAGCAUUGCUUCCACUGGAAACGGAGGUGUACGACGACGUUGGCUUCUUGGACGCUCUGGAGAGCCAGCCACUGCCUAGGGGACAGUAAGGCUGCCCAGGACCAGCCUACCAUGCCAGGUACCCCGGCGGCUGGACCCCAG